CGCAGCCCAGCCGGGCCCUGGGGACCAAGCCUCGGGGAGCCGCCUGGGACGGGGCGCGGGCAGCACCGCAGCCGGAGCGGGGCCGGGCCGCACCGCCGCCUCCUUCCGCCGGCCCCGCCGCCGGCCAUGCAUUCUUCCGGCUCCUCUGGCUCCAGCAGCCCGGGCCGGGCCCCGGCCAGUCCAAGGCAGCCGCGAGGGGAGUAGGGCGCCCGCGCGCCCGCUCGCGCCGCGCUCCGGGCCGCCUCGGCCGCCGCCGCCGCUGCGUCCAUGACCGCGACCCCUCGGCCGGGGACCCCCGCCGCCGCCGCCGCCGCCGCCGCCUCCACCCUCGCGCUCCGCAGCCGCUCACCGCUCGCGCCCUCCGAGAAAGACAGUACCGAGUCCAAUGUGAGAAUGGCUGUGACUUUGGAAGAAGCUCCGUCUGGCUGGAUGUUGGUGAAAGCCCUGAUGAGAUUCGCCUUCAUGGUCGCCAACAACCUGGUUGCUAUUCCGUCCUACAUCUGCUAUGUGAUUCUCCUGCAGCCCCUCCGGGUGCUGGACAGUAAGCGCUUCUGGUAUCUUGAAGGAAUCAUGUACAAGUGGCUUUUAGGAAUGGUGGCUUCCUGGGGAUGGUAUGCGGGAUAUACAGUGAUGGAGUGGGGAGAAGAUAUUAAAGCAAUUUCAAAAGAUGAAGCAGUGAUGUUGGUGAACCACCAGGCAACAGGAGAUGUGUGCACACUGAUGAUGUGCCUUCAGGACAAGGGACUGGUUGUUGCUCAAAUGAUGUGGCUGAUGGAUCAUAUUUUUAAGUACACAAACUUUGGAAUUGUUUCUCUAAUUCAUGGAGACUUCUUUAUAAGACAGGGAAGAUCUUUUCGUGACCAGCAGCUGUUGCUUCUCAAGAAGCAUCUGGAGCAUAACUACAGAAGCAGAGAUCGAAAAUGGAUUGUUUUGUUUCCCGAAGGCGGCUUCCUCAGGAAGAGGCGAGAAACAAGUCAGGCAUUUGCAAAGAAAAAUAAUUUGCCAUUUCUUACACAUGUCACUUUGCCAAGGUUUGGGGCAACACAAAUUAUUCUGAAUGCACUUGUACCACGACAGGAAAAUGGAAGUCCAGCAGGAGGAGAUGCUAAAGAAUUAGAGAGCAAAUCAAAAGGCCUCCAGUGGAUAAUAGAUACAACCAUAGCUUAUCCCAAAGCUGAACCGAUAGAUAUUCAAACCUGGAUCCUUGGAUACAGGAAACCAACUGUCACACAUGUACAUUACAGGAUCUUUCCAAUUAAAGAUGUUCCCUUGGAGACCAAUGACCUUGCCAACUGGCUCUAUCAACGGUUUAUUGAAAAAGAGGACCUCUUAUCACAUUUUUAUGAAACAGGAGCCUUUCCACCUUCCAAGGACCACAAAGAAGCUGUUUCCAGGGAUAUGACCCUCAGCAACAUAUGGAUUUUUCUCAUACAGUCUUUUGCAUUUUUGUCAGGCUAUAUGUGGUACAACAUCAUUCAGUAUGUUUACCAUUGCCUAUUUUAGGAAUUGACUUGGACUUGUCAAGGUCACCAUAGGAGUUCAAACUUUCAUAAGUGUGCAUUAUUUUACAUGUGCAAAUCAAAA